AUCCACGCCCAAACGGCCGUAUACCCCACUCUAGGAAGCACGAGCACCCACCGGCCUCUGCUAUCAUCGUCGCUCGGCCGGAGAUGGCCUCCGAGGUCUGGCUGUCCUUGCUCUCUCCUCGCCUUCCCUCCAGAUCUCCUCUCCUUUUGAAGCCCUCUCCCCCUUCCUCCUCUUCUUCCUUCCGGAGAUCUUCUAUCUUUGCUGCUUCCCUUGGCCUUGCCUCUCACCAUCGGCGCAGGGUGCUCGUGCUGCGUCCCAGGGCCGCCGAUCAGCAAGGUCAGGUUCAGGAUGACGAAGUUGUUGAUAGCAAAAUCUUGCCAUAUUGCAGCGUAGAUAGGAAGGCAGAGAAGAAGACGCUAGGAGAACUUGAACAGGAAUUUCUACAAGCAUUACAAUCAUUCUACUAUGAGAAAAAAGCAAUAAUGUCUAACGAGGAAUUUGAUAAUCUCAAGGAAGAAUUAAUGUGGGAAGGAAGCAGCGUUGUCAUGCUAAGUCCAGAUGAACAAAAGCUUUUGGAAGCUUCAAUGGCUUAUGCAGCUGGGAAGCCCAUUAUGACAGAUGCUGAAUUUGAUGAAUUGAAGGCGAGAUUAAGGAAAGAAGGAAGCAGCAUUGUACAAGAAGGCCCACGGUGCAGUCUUCGUAGCAAAAAGGUCUACAGUGACUUGACUGUUGACUACCUCAAGAUGUUCUUAUUAAAUGUGCCAGCAGCUGUUAUUGCUCUGACAUUGUUUUUCUUUCUAGAUGAUCUGACAGGCUUUGAAAUUACUUAUCUUUUGGAGUUGCCAGAGCCCUUCAGUUUCAUUUUCACAUGGUUUGCUGCUUUACCUCUUAUAUUUUGGUUAUCCCAGUUGCUCACGAAUGCCAUCGUGAAAGAUUUUUUGAUUUUAAAGGGCCCCUGUCCAAACUGUGGCACAGAAAACAUUUCCUUCUUUGGAACUAUCCUGACCAUACCUAGUAGUGGUACUACAAAUACUGUCAAAUGCUCAAAUUGUGGCACUACAUUGGUAUACGACUCAAUAAUGCGCGUAAUUACACUUCCAGAACCAACUGAAGCAUAAGUCCAGCCGGAUGUUGCAAGUAUGAAGAUGAUUUUUACCCAGAAACAAUGCUUCCUGCUGAUUUUUAUUUCAGGAACAAGCCUGACAUAUCAGUAUGACAAUCUCUUCAAGGCUUGGUUGUCUGAAUACGUAAAUUUUCUUAAUAUAAGCAGCACUUUGUCUUUCCCUCCCAGAGAUGAUGUUACUAGUUUUUCUCUGCAACACACUAUUUAAACUGGUGAAGAAUUGCUGGAAGUAUAUAUAUUGCAUGUUUGAAUGUGUUCAAAGUUUCAUGGAAAGAGGGGCCUGCAGCUAAGCAAUGCGCUCACUGAUAGUUCAGACUCCAUGUGCCGCUAGAUGCAGCCUAUGGACUCGUAAAGAGAUUGGGUUGAACUGUCAUGUCCAUAUUUUGUUCAAGAAAAGCUUUCUUAUGAUUGAAGUUUGCAUAUAUGUGUACAUCUACUGUUACCAUUUCCUGUUCUCCAUUGUUGUUUCUGCACACACCUCUGAACUCAGCCAAAAUGGUCGGAUACUACCUAUAUAAUUCUCCUCGUAUAUAGAAAAGCUUCACUUAUUGCUAGUGCU